AUGCAAGUCCAAAACCUCACCAAGGUUGUCCGCUCCAAGGACCUCCUGCUCAAGGUGGAAGGUCAUUCGGUCACCACGGCCAUGAGCGACGGCGAGCUCAUCAAGUCCCAGAAAUGGUCCGUCGGUGGCCACGACUGGCAGAUCGACUGGCGUCCCAAGAAUCACUGGGCGGGCCGCCAUCGCCCGGUGACGCUCAAUCUCGUGUUGCUCUCCGAAGCGCGCGGUGGCGACGUCAAGGCCAAGCUCACCUGCCGCCUGGUUGAUCCGACCGGGAGGCUGAAGCCGUCCAAGGAGAAGAGCCUAUCGCACAAGUUCUACAAGUCCGGCGAUUACUCCAAUCCACUCGAGGCGACGUCAAGAGAGGAUCUGGAGGCAUCUGGCUACCUGGUGGACGAUUCCUACACCGUGCAAUGCAGCAUCACCGUGCUCAAAGGAGCACCGGCGGCGGCGGCGCCGAGUAAUACCGCGGCGACGGCCAUGGAUCGCGGUCGCCGCCCAGACGACGCUGCGUUGCCGUCCCCGGACCUGCACCGGCAUCUGGGCGAGCUCCUGCGGAAGGGGACGGGCGCGGACGUGACGUUCGUCGUCUCCGGCAAGAAGUUCGCCGCGCACAAGGCCAUCCUUGCCUCGAGGUCGCCGGUGUUCAUGGCGGAGCUGUUCGGGGGAAUGAAGGAGGUGGCGUGCCAGCGCGUCGAGGUGAAGGAAAUGGAGCCCGCGGCGUUCAAGGCCCUGCUAGGGUUCAUCUACACCGACACGGCGCCGGACCUGCUGGGCCAGAACCAGAAGGGCGAGGACGACGCGACGGCGAUGGCGCAGCAUCUGCUCGCCGGCGCGGACAGGUACGGCCUUGACAGGCUCAAGCUCAUCUGCGAGGGCAGGCUGGCGGACCGCAUCACCGUCGACACGGCGGCGACCACGCUGGCGCUAGCGGAGCAGCAUGGCUGCUCGCAGCUGAAGGCUAGCUGCGUCGAGUUCAUCGCGGGAUAUCUUGACGCCGUCCUGGAGACUGAGGGGUACAAGCACCUGGAAGCAAGCUGCCCCUCGGUGCUCACAGAUAUCAUCAGGGCUACGCGGCGAUCGACCAACUGAAGAAGCGUCCAGCGGCAUGCAUGUUCUUCAGUUCCAUGUUUCAUUUUUUUUAAUGACUCUCCAUCUUCAUAUUAUCGAGCGCCUACAGUCGUAGUUGCUACAUUGUUCGUGUCUUUCGUUCACUACUG